GGCUUGUCUUGGUAACCAAAAAUUUUUCUCUUUAAAAUCUAAUCAGAGCAUAACUUGAGGAAAAAAAAAAGAUACCAAAGCUAAAGAAGAAAAAAAGAUCAUCGUCAAUGGCAAAUGCUUCAGCUUCCUCACCGACCAAUCCACAUUUUUUCAAGCCUCUUCUUCCCAGUUUUCAAAGCCACCUCAACAUUCCAAUGACUUUCUUCUCAAAGCACAUAAGGGGAACAACAAACGAGGACAAUGCGGUGGUAACACUAACAUCAGACGCUUCAGAUAAGACCUGGGAAGUUAAAAUGGACGGUCGGAGACUCACCCGAGGCUGGCAAAAUUUCGCCAACGGUCAUGGUCUCCGAGUCGGGGACAUAGUUAUUUUUAGACGUGAUGGAGACUUGUUGUUCCACGUCACGUCUUUUGGACCUAGUUGCUGUCAGAUUCUAUAUGAUGACGUCAUACAAGUAUUCUCCGAUUCAGAUUCGGAGAAGUAUCAUCAAGACACAAGAGAAGAAGGAUCUCCAUCAGAUAACUCCUGUUUUGUAGCUCGUGUCACCGCGUCGAAUCUAAGUAGAGAUAUGCUGUUUCUACCAAGAGGCUUUUCAAGGUCUAAUGGAUUGACGAAUCGUAAAUGCGAGAUCAUUCUGUUGAAUGAAGACGGGAAACCAUGGAAAGUGUUCAUGAGUUACCACAAAACACAUGGUCGUGUGUACAUCAGAACUGGCUGGAGAAGAUUCUGCCGCCAAAAUAGGAGAAGAUCUAAUGAUUUAUUGACUUUCAAACUUGUGGAGACGGGUACAAAGCCUGUUCUCCAGUUGUGUUCGUCCGUGUACAACCGAGACUGUCUCCGAGAUUCUUCUUCAACAAGCCAAGACAGAUUCUUGACAUUAACUCUCACACCAUACAGCAUCAGGAAGUCUAAGUUGUGUCUACCAGCGGCAUUUUUGAAGUCGAAUGGUAUCACGAACGCAAGGAAGAUAAUUCUUGUGGAUAGAUACGGUAUCAAGAGGACAACGAGUCUUAAACCUGAUAAUAACAAUGGAGCAAUGAGAAUGGGGAAAGGGUGGAGAGAGCUCUGUAAAGCUAAUGGAGUGAAGGCUGGUGAGUCCUUUACGCUGGAACUCAUCAAGGAAGAAGGAGAAACAGCUACUCAUCUACUUAAGUUCUGCACCAAAGUCUGAAACUCUAUCUGAGUUCUUUUGCUUCUGUAAUAUCUACGUGCAAUGUAGUUUGUAUUUGUUUUUCGGUUGGCUUGUAACAUGCAAGGCUUUAGCAGUUUAGGAUGAAAAAGACAUUACCCUGAUGUUCCUCCAGUUCAUUGACAUUGCAAUUCUUUUUUUGCUAAUCUCAUCAAAAGCUUCUUUGGGGGCAACUCAGACUUAUCAAGUAUUCAUAACCUUCCAAUAAUCUGAUGCUUUUUAGACAUAUAAGAAUCAUUAUCAGGAUCCCUAGUGAGGUUAGAUUGAAGAGAGAUGCUAUUUUUGGACACAAGUCUUCUUUAUAUGGGUUUUGUUUUAUAGAGUUGAUUAAAAU